AAUUAUAAGAACGGUUUUCAGAGCAGUAAAUCACAUUUUUUUCUUCUAACAAUUUCAUUUCAGUGACGAAAUUCGAAAAUUCUUUGAACAAGAAAUGUUGAAUUCGUUAAAUUUUUUUUCGAAAUUUUGAAUCCUAUCGCAUUUUUUUUUUUGAAUUUUGUCUCUUUUUCUUUGAAUUUUGAAGGAAGAAAAAUGGAGUUUUAGUUAUCCAAACAGCGAUGAAAUGAAGCAUUUAACGAUUUCGAAGACUAUUAUCGUCUCCAGAUUUUGUUUUUGAUUUUCUUUUUUGUGGAGUGAUGGGCUGCGUAUACUCGAGAGCUUGCAUCGGCGAGAUUUGCGUGCCGAAGGAUGGUAGAGUUAAAGAACCGCAACGCGGGAGGACAAACGCGGCGGAGAUUGCCGUUUUCUCGUCGACAUCUUCAAACGAAGGUGAAGAAACCAGAGACCAAAUCCACUCUCAGUUAAGCUUGAACCUACCUGGUGACCGGGAGCUUGGCAUCACGCGCCUCUCUAGGGUUUCAUCUCAGUUCCUUCCGGCGGACGGUUCUCGAGCGGUUAAAGUUCCGUCAGGGAAUUACGAGCUUAAGUAUUCUUACUUGUCUCAAAGAGGUUAUUAUCCAGAUGCUUUAGAUAAAGCUAAUCAAGAUAGUUUUUGUAUCCACACUCCGUUUGGAACUAAUCCUGAUGAUCAUUUCUUCGGUGUUUUCGACGGCCACGGUGAAUUCGGAGCUGAAUGUUCACAGUUUGUCAAAAGGAAAUUAUGCGAAAAUUUGUUAAGAAGUAAUAAAUUCCACGUGGACGCCAUCGAAGCUUGCCAUGCCGCGUAUUUGACGACGAACACGCAGCUACACGCCGAUAGUUUGGAUGAUAGUAUGAGCGGAACGACGGCCAUAACGGUUUUAGUUCGUGGUCGGAAGAUAUACGUGGCGAAUUCUGGUGAUUCGAGAGCGGUUAUAGCAGAAAAGAGAGGGAAAGAAAUCGUGGCCGUUGAUUUGUCAAUUGAUCAGACACCGUUUCGCGUUGAUGAGCUGGAGAGAGUUAAGCUAUGUGGAGCGAGAGUGCUUACAUUGGAUCAAAUUGAAGGGUUGAAGAAUCCGGAUGUGCAGUGUUGGGGAACGGAGGAAGGCGAUGAUGGUGAUCCUCCGAGGCUUUGGGUGCCGAAUGGGAUGUAUCCUGGAACUGCUUUUACAAGGAGUAUUGGGGACUCGAUUGCUGAGACAAUUGGUGUUGUGGCAAAUCCGGAGAUUGUUAUGCUGGAGCUUACUGAAGAUCAUCCCUUCUUUGUGCUUGCUAGUGACGGGGUCUUUGAGUUCCUUUCUAGUCAAACCGUGGUUGAUAUGGUUGCAAAACACAAUGAUCCUCGUGAUGCUUGUGCUGCAAUUGUGGCUGAAUCUUAUCGACUUUGGCUUCAGUAUGAAACCCGAACUGAUGAUAUUACUGUGAUAGUUGUGCAUAUUAAUGGACUAGCUGGGCAGGCUGGUGGUGAAUCGGCUAACCCUGCUUCUAUUUUACGGCCUCCUGUCCCUCAAGUGUCAGAGGCAACAGGAUCAGAAUCUCCUUUGGCCUUUAGCUUGAGCUCUAGGAACCAGCAAGCAAGGCAUGAUUUAUCACGGGCUCGUCUUCGUGCUAUUGAGAGUUCGUUGGAGAAGGGGCAAAUCUGGGUUCCGCCACCUCCAGCUCACAGGAAAACUUGGGAAGAAGAAGCGCAUAUAGAGCGGGCAUUGCACGACCAUUUCCUCUUCAGAAAACUAACUGAUUCGCAGCGUCAUGUUUUAUUGGAUUGCAUGCAAAGAAUUGAGGUUCAGCCAGGGGAUACUGUGGUUAAACAGGGUGGUGAAGGUGACUGCUUUUAUGUUGUGGGAAGCGGAGAGUUUGAGGUCUUGGCAACCCAGGAAGAUAAAAAUGGAGCGGUGCCAAGGGUUCUGCAACGGUAUACAGCUGAUAAGUUGUCAUCGUUUGGGGAGCUGGCACUGAUGUACAAUAAGCCUCUCCAAGCCUCUGUGCUUGCUGUGACAAGUGGAACUCUCUGGGCUUUGAAACGAGAAGAUUUUCGUGGAAUUUUGAUGUCUGAAUUUUCUAAUUUGUCAUCCUUGAAGUUGCUCCGCUCCGUCAAUCUUCUAUCAAGGUUAACAAUUUUACAGCUGAGUCAUGUUGCAGAUUCUCUUUUCGAAGUUUCCUUCUCUAAUGGGCAGACCAUAUUUAAUAAGAAUGAAGGCCUCUCAGCAUUGCACAUUAUCCAGAAGGGCCAAGUGAGGAUUACUUUUGACAGGGAUUUGUUAAGCAGCCCAAAUGUCUGCAGUCUCAAGUCUGAUAACCCCAACGAGGAUGAUGAUCAACAGACGGGGAAAGACCUGUCUGUUGAAAAGACAGAAGGAAGCUAUUUUGGGGAAUGGACGCUUCUUGGUGAGCAGAUGGGUUCUUUAACUGCAGUUGCAGUGGGUGAUGUCAUGUGUGCUGUUUUGACGAAGGAGAAGUUUGAUUCAGUUGUGGGUCCUUUGACAAAGCUUUCCCAGGAUGAUCAGAAGAUUAGAGAUUAUCCUCUAGAUGCGACCAAGGAUUCUUCCAAAGAAAUUGAUAUUUCAAGUCUUGCUAAAGUUAGCUUCACUCAGUUGGAGUGGAGAACAAGUUUAUAUUCCACUGACUGUAGUGAGAUUGGGCUUGUACUUGUAAGAGACUCAGAAAAAAUCCUUAGUUUGAAGAGGUUUUCAAAGCAGAAGGUAAAAAAACUAGGAAAAGAAGCCCAAGUUUUAAAGGAGAAGGAUCUGAUGAAGAGCAUGAGCUCUGCAGUUUGCAUGCCGGAGAUUUUGUGCACUUGUGCUGAUCAAAUGCAUGCUGGAAUUUUAUUGAAUACCUACCUUGUCUGCCCUUUGGCUUCUAUACUUCACACUCCUCUAGAUGAACAAUCAGCACGGUUCUGUGCUGCAUCUGUUGUUACUGCUUUAGAAGAUCUACACGAGAAUGGUGUCCUUUACAGAGGAGUCUCUCCGGAUGUUUUAAUGUUGAACAAAACAGGCCAUUUACAGCUUGUCGAUUUCAGAUUUGGGAAGAAGUUAUCUAGUGAGAGAACAUUUACAAUUUGUGGGAUGGCAGACUCUUUAGCACCAGAGGUAAUUCAGGGAAAGGGCCAUGGUCUUCCUGCUGACUGGUGGUCCCUGGGAGUCCUAAUCUAUUUCUUGCUUCAAGGUGAAAUGCCAUUUGGAUCGUGGAGACAAAGCGAGCUUGAUACAUUUGCAAAGAUUGCAAAAGGACAGUUUACAUUGUCGCAGAAUUUAAGCCCUGAAGCUGUUGACCUAAUCACUAAGUUGCUUGAAGUUGAUGAAAGCGUAAGACUGGGAAGCCAUGGUUCUGAUUCUGUCAAAAAUCAUCCGUGGUUUGAUGGUGUUGAUUGGAAAGGAAUCAGAGAUCAAAGUGUUCCUGUUCCUCACGAGUUAACUUCUCGUAUAGCUCAACAUUUAGAAAGUCAUAAUGAAGAGUGCCCUGUUGCCGUUACUUCCCCGACCCAAGAUAUAGCAGUGCUCAAUGAUCCGGAGUGGCUCGAUGAAUGGUAGAAGAAUGACCUAUAUAGUUUCUCCUUCGGUCUACAUUUUGCCAAUAGUUUGCGAGUUGAGUUCCAUUCGACAUGAUCAAAAUGACUUCUGGAUUAUCGGAAACUGGAGCAGAGAAAUCAUUGCAAUAAAGUCAAUUGUAAAGUUGAUGGCCUUAGAUUGCUCAUAAUUCUGUCAUUUUUUGGUGCUCAGUUGCCACAUUAGCCGCAUCUAACCAAUUCAGUGGAUAGCUCAGUUAAUAGGUUUUUUUUUUUUUUUUUUUAUAAGAUCUUCAAUUUUUACAUAUUUCCCACUUUUGUAUAUAGGUAAAUAUGUAAAUGAGGGUUCCUUGUACUUCAGGCUUCCACUUCACUUUACCGGUGGCAGUAGAUAGUUAAUUGGUGGGGUUCGGCCGAUUAGGUCGUUAUAGAUGUAUUGGCAUAUCGACACCACAUAGGAUAUGUUGAUUGACAUCUGUAAUUCUUAUUUCAAAGUUACUCGAUCAUUUGUACUGUUUUCUACCGUCUUUUAUUUAAAUGAAACCUAGUUUUCUCUUGCAAA